AUGCUAGUGACACGUUGUCAUCGAGGAUUUGAAUUAUAUCCUCCAGAGAAUCGGUUACUUGUUCACAUACGAGAUUAUAAUGGAAUAGAUAAAAUUUAUAAUCUAGAUCUUCAAAUGCGAGUACGUUUUAGAAAUUUAAUGAUAAAAGGUAUUGCUCGUGCUAAACGUUAUUUUCAAAAUUUUGGAUCAUCGGGCACCCAAAUGAAUGAACAUGCUGGUGGAUUUCUCUCACUUCCUCGGGGAACAAGGAUGGAAUCAGCACGUGCACAAAUCGGAGAUUUGUCAAAAAUUCUGAAUGUAUCUACUUAUAUUGCACGAGUUGGUCUAUACCUGACAACAUGA